UGUCUUUCCGGUCGCCCCUGGAGGCAGAGAUGGCCCGCAGGGCCCUGACUACACACGUCCAACGCCACCGAGGGUUGGCUCAGAAGGAGCUUUGCGUGAGGGGCAGCGCCCUGGCCGUGAGAUGGACUACUGAAGACCCCAUGUGCUUCCGAGUUUCCGUCAACUCCUUCCUGGACCGGCUUCCCCUGGUGAUACGAAACAUUCACGCCUUGGGGUCCCGGCCUCCGCGACGCCUAGCCCCGGGAAAGGGGGCCGAGGCCUAACCUGGUAGCCCUCACUGGGCGAGGCACGGGGCGUUGACACUUGGCGUCCUGGCCACUUUA